UUGUUUAUAAGUGUUAUGUGCAAUUUUAUUGCAAGGCAUAAUUUUGCAUGAAACUUAAGUUACAUGAAAUACCUAAAUGCUAACAUGUUCCUGUUACAUCAUAUUGCUAACGUUUGGAGGUGUCAUCUGGGGUAAAAUACCGCCUUUUGGCUGACAUCCAAACUAUCUUUGUAACCCAGUUAGCUCGUUUCCUUUUUAGUGUGUAUCUGCAUUUUAAUUCUGUCAUUUACAAUGAAAGGCAUUUCAAAGCUUUAAAAUAUUUAAUUAUAAAAUGAUUAUAUCGAUGAUAUGUUGAUACGUCUUUGUGCGUUCAAUUUACGAAGCUUAACGCUAAGCAACUCUUUUAAACUUAGUCGAAGUCACAUUGACAUUAUUCAAGAAUAAAUUUGCGUUUUUACGGAGUCCAUUAUGUUCUUUGUCAGUGUUUCGCAAUAUUAAAAUUUUAUUUGUAACUUAUCAUAUUUUUUAAUCAGUGCUUGUUUGUUCUUUAUCGACGUUUCUUAUUCGCUCGCGUAAUUGUGCUCAAAAACAAACAAAUUUACAUAAAUUGCGCAGGAGACGACUUAUAUUCUGAUAUUAGAUACUGCAUCUGUUGACGGUGUUAAAAAUACAGCUGUAACUAUACAUAUACCCAGCACUGCAUGAACAUAUGUUGCCCUGGGGGUGGAGUGGAAAUUACACGAAGAAAAUCUACAGUUGUGUUUUUGAAAACUCUAUGAAUGAAACAGAGUUGUAGAAUAUGCGCAUACAGCAAAAACACGAAUGACCUUUUUUUGCCAAAACAAAUAGUUAUUUCACAUAAGUAUAUGUUGUUUUUUAAAAGUCUUGUUUUAUCCAAUUAAAAUUGUUUUUCGCCAUAUCUAAAUGAUGCGAAUGUUUCUUUCAGAUUAUUAACUUAUCUAAAGAAAUAAAAAUUAAAAAUACUCUCUUCAAAUGAUGUGGUAAAAAUAUUUUACCACAUAUUUGAAGGAUGUUUUUCAGCACUUCAAAAAAACGACUGCCAUUAUGGCUUGUUCAAUCUGUUUGAUAUAUGCCGAUCUAAGCUGUCCGGAAAUUGUUAGAAUACAUGAUGAAAUGAAGAUGGUUUGUAUUUUCCCCACAAAUCACAAAUUGCUUUGUAAUGUCGUUGAAAAGACAACAGAACAUUUUGUUGUGAGAACCUUGCUUUUGUGUGACCCAUUAUGGACUAAAUCCCUUUUCUAGUCUUUUCUUUUUUUAAUUGACGUCAUGCUUUAUAUUGGCAUUGGCAUUUUGUUGCCCCGGUUUCAUUAAUUCUUUGUUCUUAUUGUGGAGAAUGUCGUCCAUGUUCAUCAUCUCAAACUUAAACAUGAGAAAAGAAACGGGCUGGCAAUUCACACCUUUUUAUUAAGUAAGAAUAAUUCUCAUCGUUUGUCUAAUCUCUCUUACUUUGAGAUGGACCUGAUUGUAGCAAAUGUCCUCCUUCGCUUCUUAUUUUUGGCCAAAAUUGCAUUUUGUUAUGAAUAAAACAUAAAUAUGUGUUGUCAUAGGGGCACUUUUUCUAAAGACAUCACCCCGUUGACGAUUGCAAUGGCGGUCUCUCUUCGGCCGUCUUUGGUGCUAGUGGAAUCAUCAACAACAAAAUGUAUUUAAAAAAGCGACAGAAAAUUAACCUUGGCGGUGCAAAAAGAUAGUCGACUUCUCCCUGUUGUUCUUGUCGCUUUAAGUGAAAUAUGACCAUUUUACACCUGUAUAGGAGCAGCAACACUCAUUUUUCCGUUAAAGCGACAGAAUUUUUCUUGGGUGAUGAUCGACUCAACGAUCGAGCUGAAUUGUAUUUCUACUGAUAUUACAUGUAAAACAUCCAUUUUUACAUAAAAGUACGCAUCGCGCUUGUAAAUUUAACAUCCAUUGCACUCUCUCAUUUGCAUUGAAAGUACAUGCACUCCGAGCAUUCGACUGGCAACGAACAGACAUGGCGAAUGACAUUUGAAAUCCGAUUUAAACAUUUUCGUCAGAGUGCAAUGUGUUUUGUAUUGUUUGUUGUUGGCAUUCUUCCAUACCGCCCAAGACGAGCUUUCUAUUGGCGCUUAGCACACGGGUAAACAAUGGAAUUUUAAAACCGGAAAAUACGAGUGGUUGUAAAAUUGAACUGAGCAUGGCAAAAUUGGACCGAAGUUAGUAAUGAGUCCCAUGGUAGAUAUUAGAAAGCAUUACCAUUUUUCCUUUGUAAAUGAGAUUUCAAUAUAAUGACAUGGCAUUUGCUUCAAAUCGGCCGGCUAAACUGCCCUUGUGCCCUGGCUGUGGCAGACCGUUCGAAGCUCCUAAGAUUUUGCCUUGUUUACACACGUUUUGCCGUAGGUGUCUGAUGGAAGCCAUCGAAACAAAUCCCACGAAGUCGCUCUCGUGUUUAACUUGUUACCGGCAUGUGGAGUUGAACGAGAACGGUGUAGAUGGCUUACGUGCAAACAUGUUUAUUGAGAAUAUCAUGGAUAUCAUUUCGCCACAUCAUGAAUAUGAAGCCAGAGAAAGAGGUAAUACUUCAACAAAUGCUAGAACAAAUCUCGCUUCUCAUAUAUGUAGUAACUGCGAGGAAGGAUUACAAGUGACAUCACAUUGUCGAGUUUGUAACGAAGAUUUGUGUGACAAUUGCACACAGGCUCAUCAACGCGUACGUAUGACUAAGGACCAUGAAAUAUUACCUCUCCCUGCUCAAGAUGAUACUACGACACACGAAACAGUGAAUAAACGCAGUCCCGAACACAACGAACGUUGUCUUACACAUAAAGAUGAAUUACUUAUUCUAUAUUGUGACACUUGUUACUCUCCAGUGUGCCGCGAGUGCACCUUAAAUGAACAUCUCGGCCAUAGUUUCAUCUAUUUGCAAGAUGCUGUGACAAAUAACGUGAGUUCUCUGCAUAAACUUAUAACUGAAGCUGGUCGAGAGAGUAGUGCUAUAGACGAAUGCAUAGCUGCAUCCCGUGCUAUGAGUGAACGAGUGCAAGUUCAAGCCCAAAACAUAGCUAGCGAAAUCCGUAACACAGUACGAAGACAUAUGACUGCAUUAGAAGAGAGAGAACGUCAAUUAUUACGACGUGUGGAGAAGAUUGGCCAAGUGAAAGGGAAAAUAUUACAUAUUCAGAUAGACGAGUUGAAAACAAGUGUAGCUGGUUUAAAUAAUGCCCUCGAUGCAGCUCAUAAAGCUUUGGAACAUGACAAAGAAGACGAAAUUAAAUCGGCAAAAAAAUCUUUGACAGAUAGUCUGAAUGGGCUUCGAGUAAAACGCGACCUCAUGAAAGUACACGAGGAUGAUUCUAUCGGUUUUAGUCCACCCGAUCCCGCAUUACAGACGGCCAUUAGAUCACUUGGCAUAGUGAGUAGUAAUGCAUGUGCUAUGUAUAGUGUAAUCCAUGGAAACAGUCACAAGCGAGCGAUUCGCAGUAAAUCGGCAAUGUUUAUCGUCCAAGCAAGAGAUCAUCAUGGUGAAAAUCGUUGCACGGGCGGUGAUGUUCCACAUGUAACCAUACAAACACCUGAUGGUCUAUUAUUACGUGGUGAAGUUUUCGACCGGCAAAAUGGCACCUAUGCUGUCACAUAUCGUCCUCAGGUUGAAGGUUCGCAUAUUGUUUCUGUUGCAAUACGCGGUCUACAAAUCAAGGAUUGCCCUUUCCAUGUUGACGUUAAAAAAGGACGAAAUUACCAAACUAUCGGUGUUCCUGUUAGCUGUUUUGGUACUGAGGGUGAAGGUGACGGUGAGCUGUGUCGACCAUGGGGUGUAAGUUGUACUCAAGACGGAAAUAUUAUAGUUGCUGAUCGAAGUAAUAAUCGUAUUCAAGUGUUCAAUCGUCAAGGACGUUUUCUUUACAAGUUCGGAUCUGCUGGGUCUCGUAAUGGUCAAUUUGACAGACCCGCUGGCGUGACAUGCAGUAUGCAAGGCCAUAUUAUUGUCGCUGACAAAGAUAACCAUCGAGUACAGGUGUUUGAAACUGAUGGUACAUUUGUGUUGAAGUUUGGUGAACGAGGGAAUAAAAACGGGCAGUUUCAUUAUCCAUGGGAUGUAGCAGUGAACACGGAAGGGCAGAUUCUUGUCUCAGAUACACGAAAUCAUCGCGUCCAGUUGUUUAGCUCUGAUGGAUCUUUCGUGAACAAAUAUGGCUUUGAAGGCUCCCUUUGGAAGCAUUUUGAUUCCCCACGUGGUGUUGCUUUUAAUCACGAAGGACAAAUGGUCGUCACAGAUUUCAAUAACCAUCGCUUGCUCGUCAUCGGUACAGAUUUUCAGUCAGCUAGAUUUCUCGGCACCGAAGGAGUGAAUAAUGGUCAAUUUUUACGGCCACAAGGAGUUGCUAUCGAUGAAGAAGGCAACAUAGUUGUCGCAGACUCAAGAAAUCACCGCAUACAGAUCUUUCAAGCGCAUGGUGUUUUCUGUUGUAAGUUUGGCUCGCCCGGAUCAAAUCCUGGCCAGUUAGAUCGGCCUUCAGGUAUUUGUAUCACACCAGAUGGAUGCAUUGUUGUCGUAGAUUUUGGCAAUAAUCGCAUUCAAAUUUUCUAGAUUUAAAAAUCCGAAUUCAAAUUUAGUCAUAAGUGCAUGGAACAAACAUUAGACGUUAUUGCUUUGUUAACUUUUUGGUUCUAAAAGAACUUUGUUGCAUUUACAUUACCGAAGCGCUAUUUAUUUUGUUUCUCAUUUCACAUUUGGUACAUAUUUGCCACAAAAUGGCUUUAAGUCUUUGUCCUUGAACAUCUCGACCAGUGAAACGCAUCUUAAGUGUGAAAUGUUUGGUUUUGAUCUUAAAGGAUAUUUGCUGUUUGGGAAACAAAAUGAAAGCGUGUCUCUAAUAAAAAAAUGUGACAGUUUCCACACAAUUAGAGAAGUCAUAAAAUAAUUUAAAUUGUGCACGAUAUUUUCAUAUUUUCGGUCUAUGCUUUCUUUGGCAUGUCUUCCAUUGAUAAAUUCAACCGUUUUCUGUGUAUUUUUAAUAAGUUGGGGCAUUUUCAUAUUUUUCUUUUGAUUAUAAGAAUGUUUAACAGUCAUCUCCUAUGCUAUUAUGAAAGAAAAACGAUCAAUGUUUGCCUUUGUGGAAUUACGAACUCUUUUGCUUUCGUGUUUUUUUGACAGGUGUUAUCGGAAGCAAGAGUAGUUAUAAGCAAUAUUCUUUCUGCUGUAAAACUAGAAUAUUAGAUUUGCCUUCAAAGGUUAUUGAGUAUGACUUGGCAAUUUAUUCACAAUACACGAUAUUUAUAAAAA